AUGUUAUUUCCUCUGAUAGAGUCCUGCCUACCUGAAGGUUUGCUACGAGUGUGGCAGAGAUCACCUCUUAGUAGUUCGUCUACUGCUAUGGUCUCAAAUAGCACAUUGGAGGAAAGACUGAGGAAUCUGAUGGCAUUUGUUCGAGGUGAGGUGGAGAACGAGCAGAGAAUUUCCCUGGCAAACGAGGGCUUCGGCAUACGUGCGGGUGCGGGCAAAAGGAAUCGUAACGUGCCCCGUAGGGAUGAGGAAGAAGAAUAUUUGGCUGAAGCAGGUAUUCCUACUGCGACAGGGUUGAUCAGUCAUGAGGCUGCGAACUGUAUAUUUUGCGAAGGUACUCAUGAUAGUGCUAACUGUUUUAAGGCGCAGGAGUUUUCGAUGGAUAGGAAGAAAGAUAUUUUGAACAAGAAGAAGGCCUGCUACCGGUGUUUGAGAACGGGACACUUAUCGAGAAAGUGUAAGGCUCGUUUAAAAUGUAUUAUGUGCAGGGGAGGCCACGUCGUGAUUAUGUGUCCUGGUCUCUGCCAAAAGAGCGCAACAGUACUUGCCGAUAAGGGUGUCAACGAGCCGUCUGACCAGGCAGAGUCGGUAGCUUGUGCCAAUAAUACUAAUUUGCAUGUUUUCUUGCAGACUCUACGAGUAAAGGUCGUCGGGAAAACCGGAGCACGAGUUUUGAGAGCGCUUAUCGAUACCGGUUCGCAGAAUAGUUAUAUCUCGGGGACUGCAGUAGAAUUAUUAAACUUAAGGCCAGAGGGAAAAUGCAAGUUAGUACAUUGUCUGUUUGGAGGCAGUCGCAUGGUAAGAGAACAUGACAAUUACGAGGUGGAAGCUUGUCAUGGGAAUUACACAAUUAAGUUCGGAGCAUUGUCGCAGCCGGUCAUUUGUAAUGAGGUGUUGCCUAUUUUUUCUGGACCAUGGAUGGAUCAAUUAAGUAGUCUUGGGAUAAGUCUUUCGGAUCAUGAUUCGCCGGCACCAAUCGAGCUACUAAUAGGAGCUGACGUUGCGGGACAGUUGUACACGGGACGAAGGCAGGUUCUGGAGACGGGAUUGGUUGCUGUCGAAACUCACUUAGGCUGGACGUUGAUGGGUCGGAUACCGCAGACGGUCUGCAGCAAUGUGGCAACCAAUACGAUUUCUCUGUACGUGAACGAUGCUACUGUCUCACAGUUAUGGGAAUUAGAUGUACUAGGGAUUAGGGAUCCUUCCGAAAAGAAGAAGGUGUUGGAAACGAAAGAGUUUUUCUUGCGCACAGUGGAUAUAGACUCAGAUGGUCGUUAUAGGAAGCUAAUGGAUGAUUUGCGUCGUCGCUUCAGGGCCGAAUAUCUGGGCCAAUUGAAGACUUGGGGGAAUCGGGGUUCCGGAAGGCCCAUACGAGAGGGGGAGCUAGUGAUGGUUGGAAACGACUCUGAAAAAAGGGUGAGUUGGCCUUUGGCGCGAGUGAAGCAGCUGAUCCCUGGUAGGGACGGUGUCGUCCGUGUGGCACGUGUGACCACUGCCCGUGGAUCCCUUUUGAGGCCAGUGCAACGGCUCUAUCCACUAGAGUGUAAUCUUGAGGACCAGGAGGAAACGGAUGGUGUUCCUGAGUCUCCGGGCAGGGCCGACAGAGCCGACAGCGAGUGA